ACGAAGCGAGCAGAUAAGAGAACUGGCUUUAUUGGCUUGUCUGCUGCCUGUAGCUCAUAUUUUUUAACCAGAAACAAGAGGUCUUGGCGUUUGUUUUGCAGGCCGAAACAGAAAUAACGACAUCGCACCCCCACCGAGAGGACGGUAGCAUGAUAGUCGUGCAGGGGAAUCGGCAGGAAGAGGGCCCUUAUCUGCAUUUUACUUCGCCUGCACCGUAUUCAUUGAGUCGGUAACCACCAGCGUCCGACAUGGGGAAGGAGGUAAAUGGUGUUUCGCGGAGCCGGUUUGAGAUGCUGAUGUGGCUGCUGGUGUCAACAACACAGAGAACAUGAGAACAUGUAGUCGACAGUACGAAGUCUCAAAUCCCAGUUAUCUCCUGUCAACCUCCCUGCUCUACAACACUCCACACCAAAUCUAUCUCAGCUGAUAAGAUUCCGAUCAUUUAUCCUUGUUUGUAAUGCCGGGGGCCGUCCUCGAGGUGAGAUGUUCACAAAUAGUGACGAAGCCGUCAUCAAUAAGAAGCUGCCGAAGGAGCUGUUGCUACGAAUCUUCUCCUUUCUGGAUGUGGUGACACUCUGUCGCUGUGCCCAGGUCUCACGGUCCUGGAACGUUCUGGCCUUGGACGGCAGCAACUGGCAACGAAUCGACCUCUUCGACUUUCAGAGGGACAUCGAGGGCCGGGUGGUGGAGAACAUCUCAAAGCGAUGUGGAGGGUUCCUGAGGAAGCUGAGCCUGCGGGGCUGCCUGGGCGUGGGGGACAGCGCCCUGAGGACUUUCUCGCAGAACUGCAGGAACAUCGAGCUGCUUAGUUUGAACGGCUGCACUAAGAUCACUGACAGCACGUGUAAUAGCCUCAGUAAGUUCUGUCCGAAGCUGAAGCACCUGGACCUCGCCUCCUGUACCUCAAUCACCAACCUGUCACUCAAAGCUCUCAGCGAGGGUUGUCCCCUGCUGGAGCAGCUCAACAUUUCCUGGUGUGAUCAGGUGACGAAGGACGGCAUCCAGGCCCUGGUGCGUUGCUGUCCUGGGCUCAAAGGCCUUUUCCUCAAGGGAUGCACGCAGUUAGAGGACGAGGCUCUGAAGCACAUCGGGGCGCACUGUCCAGAGCUGGUCACACUCAACCUGCAGACGUGCUCACAGAUCACAGAUGAGGGCCUCAUCACGAUCUGCCGGGGUUGUCACCGCCUGCAGUCUCUGUGCGUGUCGGGCUGCGCCAAUAUCACAGACGCCAUCCUGCACGCCCUGGGACAGAACUGCCCUCGCCUCAGAAUAUUAGAAGUGGCUCGCUGCUCUCAGCUUACAGAUGUGGGCUUCACUACAUUAGCAAGGAACUGUCAUGAGCUUGAGAAAAUGGAUUUAGAAGAAUGUGUGCAGAUCACAGAUGGAACACUCAUCCAGCUGUCGAUCCACUGCCCUCGUUUGCAAGUGCUGAGUCUCUCUCACUGUGAGCUGAUCACGGACGACGGCAUCAGACACCUGGGCAGCGGCCCCUGCGCUCACGACCGUCUGGAGGUGAUCGAGCUGGACAACUGCCCCCUGAUCACAGACGCCUCGCUGGAGCACCUGAAGAGCUGCCAUAGUCUGGAUCGCAUUGAGCUCUAUGACUGCCAGCAGAUCACCCGCGCAGGCAUCAAGAGACUAAGGACACAUCUGCCUAACAUCAAAGUGCACGCAUACUUCGCUCCCGUCACUCCGCCCCCUUCCGUCGGAGGCAGCCGCCAGAGGUUUUGCCGCUGCUGCGUCCUGCUAUGAUGUAAAGACAACAACCCCCCCCUUUCCUCUCCCCGUGUCCCUCGUACACGCUCCCCGCAGCUCCUUACUUGACCCCUGACCUGCUGUCCUCCACCUGGCGUCAUAGAGUACAUGCUGGUGUGUGUGCGUCCCCACCCCCCACCCCUUUGGAGCUGCAGAGAGAGGGAGAGCGCCAAAACACGCUACGUGGUCUUGGGUAACUUUCCCAAAAAACAUUCCCGAAUCUCUGUACCACACACAUACAGUUCAUGCACAGCAGGCUUUCUGAUACACACACACACACAUACACACACACACACACACACACACAGAUUUAAAUACACAGAUUAGAUUUUAGAGAAUGUCAUUCCUGGUCUAUGUUCAGUGGACAAACCAGUAUUACAACGAGGGUUAUGUAAAAUAAAUACAAUGCGGUCACCACUGUUAAGGGAUUUAACUCUCCAUCAAAUGAAGUACAGAAUAAUCUUCACAUCAGAAACCAUCGUUCCGUAUUUGAAGAGAGCGAUAUUCUUCACUUAUUAAGCACUUUGAGACAGAUUACAGUUAUAGCCUCUAAAAAGAAUAUUGAGAAGUCCCUCUCAACCUCUCACACACACACUCAGUGUUGAAGGUCACCUGACAGCUACCUCUCGAGUAAGACCUGUUAGCUUUGUUGUGCAGCGAUGCAGCCAGUAAACUUCCCACACACACACACACACACACACACACACACACACACACACACACACACACACACACACACACACACACACAUACAAAGCAGAAGAAAGCCUAUUUUUAUGAUUAAAAAAAAAAAAACAUACUUGCAGCUAUUUGCACUUACAAUAAAGCAUUGAUGAGACACUUUACAAAGAAGACCUUCUCAGAAUUGAAGACUGGCAUUUUACUAACAACACACACGAAUACAAAUCUCCACGCGCACACACUGAGCUCGCUCCACCUGUACCCUCGCCUCUCUCUGUGUCUCUGUUACAAUCAGACGCUUCAGUAUACUGAAGAGAAGAAGAAGAAAAAAAGACAAAGUUUAAUAUUUUUCUAAAAAUGGACACCAAUCACAAGUGGGGACUCGAAAAGAUGCCAAAUGUUGCAUGUAACACCUCUAGUUUUUUAAAAUCUAAUUGUAAAUAUAUGAGGACUGUGGAGUCCGAGAGUCGAAGCCAGCUAAACGACAGAUGAUGAUACGAGAUCGGGGCAGAGGUUUCUGUCGAUGGGUCUUUCUGAGGGAACUACGGUGACGCUCACACACACACACACACACAGACACACACACACACACACACACGCUUGUUUAAGUGUGUUCGAAUAUUCUCUGGAGCUUAAUGGACCGUCUGAAUGAGCCGGCCACUCAAUCUGGAGUUUGACAGACAAACUGAUGCCGGCCUGUGAAAGCUCGACGACGAGUUAUAAAGACGCUCUUUUGACAGAAUGAAAAGAAAAGUCUGACACCACUACAUGAAUUCAUGCGGUCAGACCCGAACAAUGGAAAGAAAAAGCCAACUGAAAACAAUCAAAGUACGUCUAUUUUCCGUUUUAGUUUGAUUUCAUUUAGUUGCUCUUUGUUUCUUUGCAUCGGUGACGGUUCUGAUAACGAGGAACUGGUGAACCACGCGCAGAGGUGAGAGGACGCAUCCUCUUCAACUCCCAUGAGGCCUUGCGGACGGAGUGACGGCGUGUUACACCCUGCCACCUGUGGCAUAGACCGGAUUGUCACUGAAAGAGGAAGUCAACUGAAUCCUGAGCGCACAAUCCUGGCCUACUGACAAAUACGAUGGAUUGACGUUUGUCACGACGGAGGGCUGUAAUGGACUUCGGCCCCCCCGCCCUAUGAAGUAUUGAAGCCUAUUCGUAUGGAUUAUCUUCUCCUGCACUUGCACCUGCUUUAUUUUGUGUCUCAUUUUCUUCCCAUUUCCUUUUUUAUAAAUGUGUCUUUUACUGCUUUUCUUCCUGAUUUCCGUUUUUUCUCUCUUCUUUUGCAUUUCAGUUUUGGUGUGGUUUGGAUUGCGCCUGCUUUGUGUUUUUGAAGUCAUGAGUUCAGUGUCUCCAAGUUGAGUUUGAGCCCUCUUCCAGUCCUCCGUUUGUGUUUUUAUUCAGAGUUUAUUGUUACUAAAUGUCCAGAGUGUAGCCUUUUUGUCCAGGGGAAGUGUUGGCGCCAGUGCAAUUGUAAUAAAUGUUCAAAUUUGA